AUGGAUACAAAGUGUAUUCUAGUGUCUGAUUUUGAGAAAAUUUGGGAAAAUGAUGAUUUACCAAAUCAAAUAUGUAAUGCAUGUUUUCUUCAAUUGCAAAAUACUAUCAGUUUCAAACAAUUGUGUGAGAAAUCCGAUAACACUUUUCGCCAAAUUCUUGGUCAAAAUAAAAUUAAUGUUGACAAACAUUCCAAUAAUUUUGCUGUAAAUGAGAAUGAUUUUUCCAAUGUAAAAGUUGAAAGAGAUAAUUUUAAUUUUGAAUAUGAUAAUGAUGUUCUAUUGAAUAGCCUCUCAAUAGAUAUUAAGGAAGAGGAUACAUCUAAAAUUGAAAGUGAAAACAUUAAAAGCGAUGAAGAUGCUGAUGAUGAUGAUGACGAUGUAUGCUUAGCUAAGAGAUUAACUAGAAGCAAAAUUGAUAGACCAAAAAGAAUAAAAAGUUCAACAAAAAGGAAAAAUCAUGAUUGGAAAGAUUCUAGUAGUGAGAAUGAAGACGAUGAAGAUCCAGAUUGGGAUCCAAGUUGGAAUAAUGAAGACGUAAAACCAAGUGAUCUUGAAUCCAAUGAUGAAGAUGAUAAAUCUUCAAUAAUAAAAUGCGAUGAGUGUGAUGUCAUAUACAAAACACCGAUUGCACUUGGUUUACAUAUGCAGAGAAAACAUAACGCAGAGGGUACUCAAUGUAGAAAGUGUUCUGUAAUAUGUUACCAUCCAUUACAUUUACGUGCACAUGAAAAGUCACACUUUUCAACGAAUUUACAAUGUCCAACAUGUAACUUAACAUUCUCAAAAUUAGCUUUAUUAAGAAAACACCAAUACACACAUGGUGAUCGUACAGUUGCAUGUCCAAAAUGUGAUUCGUCAUUCCGACGUGAUUACGAAUUACGUAGGCAUAUGAUAAAUGUACAUAAAGAAACAAUGCAUUGUGAAUAUUGUCCUGAAACGUUUCGUAAUAAAUUAUUAUUGAAACGACAUAUGAAAGAAUUGCAUCCACAAAUAAAAAUAAAACAAUAUCGUACUUGUGAUGUAUGUGGUAAAUCAAUAAUACGACGUUAUUUUCAAAAUCAUAUGGCAACACAUGGCGAUCGUAAACAGUAUACAUGCGAAGGUUGUUCAAAGAUAUUUAUGUAUAAAGAUUCAUUACGACGUCAUGUGAAACGUGUCCAUGAAAAUCAACCACCUGAAUAUAAAUGUUUAUGUAAUAUAUGUGGACGUAAAUUUCAUACUUCUAGUAAUUUACAUCGACAUUUUCUAACACAUACUAAGGAUCGUCCGUAUGCAUGUGAUAAAUGUGAUAAAACUUACCGCACUCAGUUCAUGUUAAAAAUGCACAAAAUUUUAUUGAAUCAUGUGAGACGACAUACGGGUGAACGACCAUAUCAGUGCGAUGUAUGUGAUAAAGCGUUUAUUCAAAAAAUUGCAUUGAAAAUUCAUAUGAAAGUACAUGAGAAAUCAUUAUUAAAUGUACUUUCAUAA